GUCGGUCUGCCCACUUUCCAUCGUGAUCGCGACUUGCCGGCUGUGGUAUGAUAGGAUAGAAUAGACACCCAUCACCCCUUCACUCUCUGCAUCACUGACUUGUCCGGCCCGCGCAGAUCCCCCCCCACCAUACAUACUACGUCGGAACGUCCCCUAGCAUAUGUGAAGCCCGCCAUGACAUCUGCAUCACCAUCUCCCUCCACAUAUCUACCCCCCUUGCCCCCGCCCUCGCAAACACGAUACCCUUCUCACCUUGGGGAGUGGGGAUGGGUGGAAGAUAACGAGGAGAAAUUAAAACGCUGGUCCAGCUUCAUCGGCAUCAUCGUGGCCAUCGUUGGGAACCUUCUGAUUUCGCUCGCCCUGAAUACCCAAAAAUAUGCGCACGUCAGGUUACAGCGGGCGAAGGAGCGCCGGAGGAAAUUUCUAAGGAGAGUUCGACGGCGCCUGUUCAAUUCCCGCCGAAACUGGAACGGGAAUGGGAACGGGGAACCCUUAUCACCACCCCUUUUCCCACGCGGGGGUGUGGACGGGGAGGAGGGGUUCAUGAGGGCCCCUGUGCAUUCGAACUUUUCCACAGAAUCUGGAGACAACGAUGAGUCCCCACCAGAUGAAACGUCAUUACUCCUCCCCCGCAGUUCGCACUCCACCGCUUCCAAAGAGGACGAUGAGGAAGAGGUACACCCCCCGGACCACCGGUACCUCUCGUCACCGUACUGGUGGCUUGGUCUAGUCCUCAUGUCGAUCGGGGAGUGCGGCAACUUUCUCGCCUACGGAUUCGCGCCUGCAAGUAUUGUAUCCCCGCUUGGUGUCGUGGCGCUGAUCUCAAACUGCGUCAUCGCGCCGGUUAUGCUCAAAGAGCCAUUCCGCGGCCGAGAUCUCAUCGGUGUUGUGGUCAGUAUUUGCGGCGCGGUGAUUGUGGUCUGGAGUGCUGAAAAGGAGGAAGUCAAGCUCGGGCCCGGUCAGAUCCUUGAGGCCAUAUCGCAGAUCGCUUUUGAGGUUUACUUUGUGAUUACGUGUAGCCUUAUUGCGCUGUUUAUGUAUCUUUCUCCAAAGUAUGGGAGAAAGUACAUAUUCAUUGAUCUUGGACUUGUAGGAUUAUUCGGCGGCUACACUGUCCUCUCAACAAAAGGAAUAUCAUCCCUUCUCUCUUCAUCUUUCUACCGAAUCUUUACCUACCCGAUAGCAUACCCCCUCGCGAUAGUCCUAGUCACAACUGCAAUCUUGCAGGUGAAAUAUGUGAACCGUGCUCUCCAACGCUUCGACUCGACACAAGUGAUCCCAACACAAUUCGUUCUCUUCACCAUCUCAGUAAUCCUGGGAUCAGCGAUAUUAUAUAGAGAUUUCGAAACCGUCGACGCGGAGAGAAUGCUAAAGUUUGUUUCUGGAUGUUCGUUGACCUUUUACGGCGUAUGGAUAAUUUCCUCUGGCCGUGGCAAGGCCAAGAACCCGGAUGACGAAUCCGACUAUGAGAGCGAUUUUGAUCCUGUAGUGGGGCUAGAGCGAGGGGUAGUAACGGCUCGCAGGAAGAGCAGAUCCUUGUUCCCCGACGGGCCUGACAUCACCAGUUCCAGCAGCGAGGACGAGGGAGAGGAUGAAACCUCUUCCACCCGCCAUACCCUCUCACCACUUCUCGAAGAACGGCCUGCGGCCCCCCCGCAAGUUACACGGGGCGCCUCCAGCUCCUCCCUAGCAAUGACCGAACGCUCCAUGGCAUUAUCAGACGCUAUGCAUUCCGACCUCACCCACGCCGGCGAGCCCCAAUCCAGCCGGAAGAACAGCCUCACACCUUCCCACCGCCGCUCGAUUUCUUCCCUGCUCCCGGGACCAAUCGUUGCCGGCUCGCAAUUAAAAGCUGUAGUCGUCGGGAGUGUUAAGAAGCGCCGGGACGAGAGCGUUGGCAGGGAGCGGAGCAAGAGUCUGAGCUUUGUGCUGGAUCUGUUAAAAGGCCGUAGGGGCCGGAGAAGUGCUGGUGGCAGUCGUGGAGGUGGAGGAAUGGAAGGGUAGUGCUACGGGCUUCUGAGUCGUUUUGUUCUGGUUGGGCGGGCGGGGAGUAAUCAUUCGUAAUUAACUUUUAUUGCUCAUUUUCCUUUAAUUGUUUUUACUUUUUAUCAUUUUUAAUCCCACUCUCGAGCGUUUGG